UUUCACUUUUGGGUCUGGGCGCCCGCCCUGUGCACUUACUCAAGCUCCCCAGCAGAGCAGCCGUACAACUCGGGCCUGCAGGGUGGACCUGACUGCCGUCGCGGGCCCGGAGCCUGGGGUGACAGUCACGCCCUGAGGGCAGCAUGGCUGACCCAUCUAUCCUCCUCAGGAGCAAUGGCAUCUGCCUUUGAGAGCGUGAUCAAGAGUGUGGUCCGGGAGCUGGACCACAGCGGCGAGCUCAUCCCCGUGGACAGCCUGCGGAGCUCCACCAGCUUCCAGCCCUACUACUUGUUGGGAAGGAAGCUCUCGAGAUCGUGGUUCUGGAAACCCCGCUACAAGAGCAUCAACCUGUCUAUCAGGGACAUUCUGGAGCCUGAUGCCCCAGAACCAGCUGUGAAACAAAGUGCGCCCAUCCACGUCUACGACUCCAUGGACGGGGAGCUGCAAGGCAGCGGGGAGCUAGAAGCCCCAGGACGGGGGAGGUUUGCAGGCGGGGCGGCGGUGUUUGAUAACUUCAGCAUCUCAAUGAACGUGCGCACACUGCAAGUGGACCCCAACAUCUGGGACGCCAUGAAGCAAGAGCGGCGCCUGCGGCAGCCCGAGCACAAGGUCCUACAGCAGCUGCGGAAUUGUGGGAACGACGUGUUCGUGGUGACGGAGGUGCUGCAGACGCAGAAGGAGGUGAAGGUCACCCAGACCCGUAAGCAGGAGGGCUCUGGCCAGUUUGCACUGCUUGGAGCCUUAUCUUUGCAGGGCCAAGGCCAGGGCCACCGGAGCCGGAAGAAGACAGUCACCAUCCCCUCAGGCAGCAUCCUUGCCUUCCAGGUGGCCCAGCUGCUUAUUGACUCAGACUGGGAUAUCCUCCUCUUCCGGGACAAGAAGCACAAGAAGCAGAGGACCUUCGGGCUGCCCAAGAAAGGCCACCAGCUUACAAGAGGCGCAGGCAGCCAGUCACUGCUCUCCGGAUGCUUCAAAAUACAGGCGGACGGGUUUGCGGAGGACUGGUCGGUGGUCACGGGAGACUUCCGGGGCCUGCAGGCAGAGGUGGGGGCCCAGGCCCAGGUCCUGCAGGGCUUGUCCAAGGAACUGUGCGAGCGGCUGCUGGCAGGCCUGGUGCAGGUGCUUCGGGAAGAGCCAGCCCUGCAAACCCUGGAGGACGCGCUGGAACAGGGCCUGUGCUGUGGGUCGGUGGCCCCCCUGGAUGGUCCAGUGGACGCCCUCCUCGAGUGCCUGGUGCAGAGCUCCGGAGAGCUGGAAACGCACCUGGCCGGCUCCAUCCUCUACCUGGUGGAAGCGCUAGCUGUGCUGAGUGAGAGCCAGCAUGAGCUGCUCGUGGAGAUGCUGGAGACAGAAGGCCUGUCCGGGCAGCUCAAACUGCAGGUGGGGAGCGUUUUGGAGCAGAGCACCCCCUGGCAGGAGCGCAGGCAUGUGUCCCUGCCACAAGAGCUCCUGGGGAGCAGCUGGGACCCAGAGGCACCUGCCUGGGUCCUGCUGGAGGAAUGCGGCCUGGGGGUGCAGGUGGACGUUCCCCAGGUGUGCUGGGAGCCCCAGGCCCAGGGCCGCACGUGUGCACUCUACGCCUGCCUGGCUCUGCUGUUAGGCCUGAGCCAGGACUGCUGUUAGGGUGGAGCCUGCUCACCUGGGUAGCUCUGCGGGGUGGGGGGGUGGGGAGCCCACCCGCUGCCAACCCUGGGAGGCCGAGAGCCCAACCCGGCCUGCAGCCAGUUCAUCCUGGGAGUUGGGGAAAGCCAAUAAAUGUGAUGUACAGAGGAAA